AAAGACACAUGACACACGAUUUCCUGCGUCUACUACUUCUCUCUAUAUAGCCCUUCUCUACGCAGAGAACUACAUUCUUCGGGUUUUCCUUUCAGUCCCUCUUUCUCUAUACCCCCUCGAGUUCUAACCUUCAAAGCUAAUCUCUCUUGAACCAGAUGGGCACAGUUGAGUUAGAUAAUGAUGGCAAUCUCAUUGAAGAAGAAACCUCUCCUGAGCAGUUAAUUUCUCCAGGUUCUCCUGAUAUAAACAAUGUAGUAGGUAAUCCACAAAUAAAUCCCCGAGUAGGUGAAGAAUACCAAGUGGAAAUUCCUGACAUGAUAACUGAAGCAGAGUAUUUUCGACUUACAAACUCUGCAGAUUCAGAAGGGAAUGUUGAUGUUUCUCAUUCCUUUCUAGUAGGUUUACCUGUUCCAAUCACAUGGAUCCAUGAAAAAGUUAUGGAUGAAAGGUUCGGGUGUCGAAGUAAGCUUCAUGAUGCAGCUACUGUGAAUGGUUUUCUCAAAUCUAGGAAGAGAAAAAAGGGUCAUAGUCCUAAAAAGAGCAAAGAUUCGUAUCUCGGUGAUGAACAGUCAGGUAAUGGGUUGGAUGAUGAAAAACAAUCAAAUUCAGUGAAACUUGGACCUGAGAUAAUGAGUAAUGCUGAGCUGUUACUUUCAUGUAAAGGCAAAAACUCUCAUCCGGUUCCUGGUUCAUCAGCUGACUAUUGGAGCAACUCUUGGAGUGACGCAGAAGUUGAUGUUUUGUUGCUUGGAUUGUACAUAUUUGGGAAAGAUUUUGAUAUGAUAAAAAGACUCUUGGAAAACAAGGACAUGGGGGAAAUAUUAUCAUUUUAUUACAGAAAAUUUUACAAGUCUGAUGCAUAUCUUAGUUGGUUUGGUCGCCGAAAGAGGAAAAAUAAAAAAUUCUUUGGCAAGAAAAUUUUUACUGGCUGGAUACUGGAGGAAUUAUCAUCUCGCUUGCUUAUGCAUAUCCCUGAGGGAUUAAAAAAUGCUUCCCAGGAGGUCUCCAAGACAUACACAGAGGGAAAAAUGUCUUUUGAUGAUUACUUCUUCUCUUUGAAGAAUAUUUUUGGCCUUCAUGCUCUUGUAGAAGCUGUAGGUAUCGGUAAAGGGAAAGCUGAUCUUAUAGGCCUGGCCAUGGAAUCUCCAAAGACGAAUCAAGCUGAAAUACCCUCUGGGAAGGCUUGCUCCUCGCUUACAUCCAGUGACAUAAUCAGAUUUCUAACUGGAGAUUUCCGGUUGAGCAAAGCUCGAAGUCAUGAUAUCUUCUGGGAAGCCAUUUGGCCUCGUUUGCUGGCAAGAGGGUGGCACUCUGAACAACCUAAAUAUCAGUGGUCUGUCAGUUCUAAACAUCAUCUGGUUUUUCUUAUACCUGGAGUUAAGAAGUUCUCAAGAAGGAAGCUUGUUAAAGGAGACCACUAUUUUGAUUCUGUUACUGAUAUUUUGAGCAAAGUUGCAUCUGAGCCAAAUCUUCUUGAACUUGAUGCCGAUGGAGUUGGUCUCAGGAGCUGCAAUGAAGAAGAUGGAAGGGUUUUAGAAGAGCCACUGGAUCAGGAUGAUCCAUCUCAUCAUAAACGUCAUUGUUACCUCAAGCCCCAGGUUUCAAGUGGCAGUCUGAGCCAUGUGAAGUUCACCAUUGUGGAUUCCAGUUUGACCCACGGAGGAAAACCAUCCAAGGUUAGAGAAAUGACAUAUUCACCAAUUGAUCUUAAGAUUUCUUCCAAAUCAAUCCAUCAAGAAAACGAAGCUCUUCUCUUUGAGGCUUCAAUUAAGGCAAAUGCUAAUGAUAUUCCAUCAGGUGGUGAAAAGAGGGUUAGUAAUGUUCAACAGGCCAAGGGUAUAGUUAGUAGAUUUACUGAAGACAACCCUAAGUUCACUAUUGUUGAUACCAGUUCAGUUCAUGGAGGAAAAUCAUCCAAAGUUAGCAAACUCAGAUAUUUACCUGUUGGAUUUAAAAUUUCUCCUGAAAUGAGUGGUUCAUCAGGACUGAGUGAAGGGAAUUCCUCUGGUGAUUCAUCAGAAGAACAUGAGCCAAGUUCUACUGAUAGACUGUUGAAUGGUGAUUUAGUUGCUGAUAACACAAUAUCGAAAGGUAGCCCUGGUGCUCCUUAUCAGCUGCUGGGUGCUCAUAUGAACCCCAAUAAAACUAGGGAGAGUCCAGUGUGUACUGAUGGCAGUUCAUAUCAAAAGCGAAAUAAGUCAUGUACUGCAGAAAACAGGGUGGAGACUGAUCAGGAUGAGAAGAUCAAUAAACCGGAUGAUAAAAAGUCAAAGAGGAUUAUAAAGCACCAGUUCUCCCGAAGAGCAAAAUCCGCUAGUUCUUUUGCUGUAGCUCCUCCAGUGAAACGGCGGAGAUUAACUGCUUGUGCUAAGACAGAAAAAAGGUGCCUGCCUGAGAAUUUGGCACUGGACCAGAGUUCAGAACGAGCAGAGCCCUGUUGUGCUUUGAAAUCACCAAACAGUAGUAGCAAUUCUGUUGUUCAAGAGGGUUAUUCUCAAAAGGUCUUGUUGCCUGGUCUGUCAGCCGAAAGCAAUGCUGAAGAUAAGGGGGUGCCUCCUGCCACUACUGAGAAAAGUCAAUUCCAGUUGUCAAUCGAUCUGAACUUACCACAGGUUCCACUGGACUCUGGAGAUGAACCUUUGAUGAUGGAAGGUGAAGACAACCAAAAAAUAGAUUCCAAUGGUUCAUAUUCUCCAUCUAGUACAGACAAGAUUGCUGCAGAGUCAGUGAAAGCCUCUAAUGAUGUUGGUGCAGGGGAGGAGCUUAUGAUGAAUUCCAGGAGGAAAAGCACAAGAAAUCGACCAUUGACUACUAGAGUGUUGGAAGCAUUUGAAAAUGGGUUCCUUCCCAUGGACAGGAGGCAAAAGAGCAGGGAACAAUCCCGAGGGAUCCCAUUUUCUAUCCCUUCUCGCAAGGCACGCAGUCGAGUAAAAGCAACAGCAAAUCGUGGUGGUAUUGCCAUUGGAACUGGGGAUGUGAUGCAAGGGGGAGAGGGGGCAUUUUUUGGCAACAAAGAUGUUGCUGAUAAACCUCCUCAUGCAGUUGAAGUUACUCACCAGGUGCAAAUCACUAAAGUGGCUGCUUGUUCUGAAGUUAUUUUUCUAGAACAACCCAUACUCUAAGGUGCUGGAAUAUCAUCCUCUGCUAGAUGCUGGGUGUCAUGGAAACUUGACCAACCAUCCCAGACUCAUUGCUUUAAGUUCAUGUUUUACACACAAGAUGUGGUUUAUGGUUUCUCAGGACUGGCAGCAGUUUCAAAAUUGGCAGACAGUAAUUGCUCAACAGAUCAUAGCCAUGAAGGAGGUAAUCCCCUAUACAAAAUCGGGAGACAAAAAUUCAUGAUAGAAUCACUGAUAAUACAGGCUAUUUACAUCAUUUGACAUCCGCACAGAAUCCAGGCGUGAGGCUCCUUUGACGUGCCAAUCCCUUUAGUUCUUCAUAAUCUUAUAACCAUCUUGCAGUGUUCUAGUUGUUCAGUCUCAUUAUCAUUUUGCACAGCGUCCCUGGCAGUCUUAUAUAAUAAUCACAGUUUUUGUUUCAUUCAGUUGAUAACUUUCUAGGAUAUGUGAAUGCUUAAGAAUUUCCUCCUUUUGGGUGAAUCAAAGUUCCUUGAUAUA